CAAAUGAAGCUGGGAGUCAUGAUGGGGAGGAGUUUAACAGAUCAAGUACUGGAUCAAACUUAAAAGCUAAUAUCUUAAUUCGGCAUACUGGAAAAAGGUCACCUUGUCUUGCUGGAAAAAAGCACACAGUCUCAGCUUUGCUGCUGUCUGUUUGGUACCUUCUGCUCCCUCUGUUUUACCUAGCUAAGCUAUUUGAUAACACAGACAAGGAUACUCAUGGUAGAUGACAAGGGAAAGAACAUGAAAUGUCUCACCUUCUUCUUGAUGCUUCCAGAGACAGUUAAGAACAGGUCCAAGAAAAGCUCCAAGAAGGUAAAUAGUGGGAGCAGCAGCAGCAGCAGCAAGUUACCUCCAGUUUGCUAUGAAAUCAUUACCUUGAAGACUAAAAAGAAGAAGAAGAUGGCUGCUGAUAUUUUCCCCCGAAAGAAGCCAGCAAACAGUAACACUACUACUGUCCAGCAGUUCCAUCAGCAAAAUAUCAAUAACAACAACAUAAUCCCAGCUCCCAACUGGCAAGGGUUGUAUCCCACCAUCCGAGAAAGAAAUGCAGUGAUGUUCAACAAUGACUUGAUGGCAGAUGUUCACUUUGUGGUUGGGCCACCAGGUGGGACCCAGCGGUUGCCAGGACACAAAUAUGUCUUAGCUGUUGGAAGCUCUGUAUUCCAUGCAAUGUUUUAUGGAGAGCUUGCUGAGGACAAAGAUGAGAUCCGUAUACCAGAUGUGGAGCCUGCUGCUUUCCUUGCUAUGCUGAAAUACAUAUAUUGUGACGAAAUUGACUUGGCUGCUGAUACCGUUCUGGCAACUCUUUACGCUGCCAAGAAGUACAUCGUUCCUCAUCUUGCCCGAGCGUGUGUUAACUUCCUCGAGACGAGCCUGAGUGCAAAAAAUGCUUGUGUCCUACUCUCCCAGAGUUGCCUGUUUGAGGAACCAGACCUGACUGAGCGCUGCUGGGAAGUGAUUGAUGCCCAGGCAGAGCUGGCUUUGAAAUCAGAAGGGUUCUGUGACAUUGAUUUUCAAACACUUGAAAGCAUUCUCCAAAGGGAGACUCUGAAUGCCAAAGAAAUUGUGGUUUUUGAAGCUGCUCUUAGUUGGGCUGAAGUAGAGUGUCAGCGCCAAGAGUUACCUGCCAGCAUAGAAAAUAAGCGCAAAGUCCUUGGGAAGGCGCUCUAUCUCAUCCGCAUCCCUACCAUGGCACUUGAUGACUUUGCAAAUGGUGCUGCUCAGUCUGGCAUUCUGACCCUCAAUGAAACAAACGAUAUCUUCCUUUGGUACACAGCUGCCAAAAAACCAGAGCUGCAGUUUGUGAGCAAUGCCCGGAAAGGCCUUGUCCCGCAACGCUGCCAUCGCUUUCAGUCUUGUGCCUACCGCAGCAACCAGUGGCGCUACAGGGGCCGUUGUGACAGCAUACAGUUUGCUGUCGAUAAGAGAGUUUUCAUUGCCGGCUUUGGGCUCUAUGGCUCCAGCUGUGGAUCAGCCGAAUACAGUGCAAAGAUUGAACUCAAACGGCAAGGUGUUAUCCUAGGGCAAAACUUAAGCAAGUAUUUCUCAGAUGGAUCUAGCAACACUUUCCCAGUGUGGUUUGAGUACCCAGUGCAGAUCGAGCCAGAUACCUUUUACACAGCUAGCGUGAUUCUGGAUGGUAAUGAACUCAGUUAUUUUGGACAGGAAGGGAUGACAGAAGUUCAAUGUGGCAAAGUAACUGUGCAGUUCCAGUGCUCUUCAGACAGUACCAACGGCACUGGGGUUCAGGGGGGACAGAUUCCAGAACUUAUCUUUUAUGCCUGAAAGAAGAUGGGUUUCAGAACAAGGAGAAUGUGGUUCUAUGAUGUAUAUGUCUGGUUCAGACUUGUUUGAUGCUUAGCUAGUUGUCUGCAGAUAUGUGAUCAAUACAGGUAAUGUGUUCCUGAAUGCAGUAAACUGUUCAACCGCUUGCUGUAGUUUUAUAGCCUUAGUGUAACAUUCUUUUACUGGAAGCUCCCAAGGACAGGCAAACUAGCAAAUUAUGAGUCAAGAGUUCACCAGGAUUACCGCAGACGAGAGAGCCUUUCUUGUGAAAGAAAAGCAAUUAAUGUCCUCCAUUCUGUGUCCCCUCCCCCUGCUAACUUGCUGCUUUUUCCUGUUCUAUUUCUUUUUUGUUUCCUCCAUGUUGUAGGAUUUUCAAGGAUCUCAUAAUUAGUUUUUCCUUUCUGCCACAUGGAUGCACCCGCAUACUUCCACCUGAGGCAGAUUAUGCAAGAACACCACUGCACUCAAAUUUGGUAGAGGAAAGGCUUGCUAAACAGACAAGUUCAUAUAUAUGGGAAGGUUUUUACAAUGAGAUGGACCUCUGGGAUGGACUGGUGUGUUGAGGAUGGCUACAAAGGAAAGUAAGCUUCUUCAAGAGCAAAGUGGUUUAUCGCAGCUGAUCCUUACUUUUUUCAACACUGUUCUCCAAAGUUCCUCCUCAGACACAUUUUCUUACAUCUGGGAGUAGUGACAUAUGCAUAGCCCUACGUAUCCAGCAUUACCCUAGUGCACUGAAAUGAAUGGUGUUUUCACCAUUGCAGUGCCUCAGUGAUAUCUUACUUUUUAAUAAAGCUUUUCUCCACUUAAUCAUCCUUGGCAGCCAUUAUAGUGACUGCCUUUUAUGGGUUCAGUCCCUUUUUCAUUAAGUCAGACAAUAUGUAGCAAAGAGCAAAUCCUUAGUGACUUCUUAUUUUCCCAAAGGUAGUUAAAAACAUUUUAGUGUGAGAUUUCCCAUCUGAGUAAAAAAAAAUUGUUUCUAGGAUCAUAUUACUAUAAAUUUCUAUGGAAUGUACUGGUUCUGUGGUGACACUUUCUUUCCCUUUAAUUCAAGCUUGAAUGUUCAAAUUUGCUAACUCAGUGAUUAAAUUGAUAGAAGCAAAUAGGUUCCAAAGACUUCUCCAUUUCUGGGUAACCACCAAAUGUAGGUUGGACGUAAUGGAGUUGUACUCAGAAUGUUAAUAUUCACCCACUUGUGUGUGUAUUUUAAAGAGAUGCCCCUGAUUUCUAGGCUUUAAAUUUCCCCAAUUACUGUGUUUCAGUGGGAUCAGAGAGUAACGUGUAGUGUGAAUGCUGCUUGCAGUUUUUCUCUCCAGCUACUGGAACUUCUUUUUUAGCACAGGUGUAAACAGUUGCUUGGAGUAGCAUUCUUGACUACACUGCAUAGAAUGCCUGUUAAGAUGAAUUUCUAAAACACGGAUAUUUACCUUUGUAAACUUCAGUUAAUAGGUAAGUUUUAUUUUUGUGUGAUUAUAAUGAAAUUAGUACCUUCCAGCAUUGCCUGAAAAGGGGGACAUUUGUAACUGAGAUUUUGCCUGUUUUAAAUUGUGAUCAUUCAGAUCUAAAAUGCAGAUUUUCAUUGACCAGAAGCAUUUCCCCCUCUUUUAAAUGGGUUGUCAGGCUUCCUACAUAGCCAUCUGCAUUCUUGGCAGGGAAGGGCUGCAGGCAGGGUUGUAGUAAAAAUGAAAGGAAAUAAGCAUAACUGAAUGAUACAGAGAAAUUUCAUGUUCAUGAAAUAAUAAAAAGGCAAAUUUCAAGAAGGCAACGCUUCUCCCUGCUCAAAAGUUGGUUAUGGUAGUUUUCCAAAGCUGAUUUGUCCCAGUUUGCAGCUUCUCCUGUACUUGUGUGUGGAUACACACAUUUUAAAUUGGGGACCCCAUUAUUUCUUCAGUAAUGUAUGCAUGAAAACUUCCUGUUACAUUGUUUAAGGCAGUAGUAUUGCCUCUCUAACACUAAAUUUACUCAUUGGUAUAACUUAUACAAAUGUUUGUCACCUCCCCCCUGCCAAUGUUUCCUUAUCUGUUAAUGUUUUUACUCUGAAAACGUUAACCUGUUGACAUCCUGGCUUCUAAUAGUCUUUAAGUGCCAUUAAGUGUCUAAAAUAUGGUGGAUUGGGCAUGGGAAAAUCCAACCGUCAAAACCAACCAUUUCUCAGACACAUGAAAUGUAAAGGAAAGCAAGGUGGAGGCUGUUCUUGCCUUUUUAAUUAUUUCAAGUAGUAUGAUAUAAUAAACAUAAGAAGCGUGUAAAUGCUCCCAGAAUGUACAGGAGUUACUUUUCAAUCAAAUGUAAAUGACUGCAGCCUCAAGAGCCAGUGUGGCUGGAGUGUUGGACUUUUUAGAGCAGGGGCACUAAGUUAAAGCCGGGCUCAGGUACAAAAUGUACUGGGUGCGCUCAGGCCAGUCAGUCUCUCACAGCCUAACUUUUCUCACACUGCAGCUGUAAGAAUAAAAAUGGUGGUGGUGGUGGUGAUGUUCAAGAUGAUGAAUAAUCUUUGCAUAGUGUGCAGGGGCUAGGGGGAGCUCUUGCAGAAGCUUCUCCAAAGGUUGUUAAAUUUACAUGCCUUUUUAGGAGUCCCAAAUAAAAAGGCAAAGUGGAAGUGCAUGGUUAAGGAAGGCAAGACUUUGUCACAAGCAGCGGCAUUUAGCCUUCUAUCAAAUAUGUAAAAACCUGUUCCAGACUUGGGUCAGGUGGUUGUUCUGGUGCCCUGCGCCCUCUCGGCCUCUAGAUGGCAUAUGCACACUGCCCUUCUGCUUAUGCCCCAUUGGAACAGAUGGCUGCCAAGAGGUCCAGAAAGGUAUAUUGAGUGUAGCACUUUAUAUUUCCCAUAGGCAUGAAUGUCUGCCAUUCACUUCCGUGGGGAAAAAGUUAUUGGGUGUAGUCGGGUGCGUUACUGGGGAGAAAGAGGUGGACAGGUUAGGCUGUCUCCGACUUUGGAUUGCACAGCUCAACCUCCCCUGACAAGGGGCAUCCUCCUGUCCGCCUUCCCUUAUUAGUCAAAAUGACAGGCAUUUUGCCAGUUUAUACCUGAAAGCAAAAGUGAGUAUCGCUGAACCUUUUUUAUACCAAACAGUGAAUAAAUAUUUUUAUUCUAAAUUCUAAAUAUUCUAAAUAUUUUAGUCUAACUUUGUUAGCAGUUCUUACACCAUAGUGCAGUGGUAAACUAUAUUCCUUUCUUGACUGUGCAUUGUAGUGCACUGCCUCCUUCACUAUACAAGUGUAAUGACAAUGAAGUGUCAGAUGUCAAAACUGGAAAUACAUGCAUGUCUGAAGCCAGUAUAAAAAUUAAGUGAGAUAUUUUGGAAUGGAUUAACAGUUUAAAUCAUUUUUGAAAAUUGACUUGCAUUUAAGGCACAUACUGGAGAGGUGUUUUAAAAUGAUCUCUGCAACUAAGAGAGCCAAAAAAUGUCACAGCUUUCCCAAAAGCACCCUUCCCUGCUUGAGGCUAUGCAUGAGAGUAAGUUAUGAUUCUGACACCAUUGGAUAUUUGUAUUCUGCCUGGUGCACAUUAUCUUAGGUGCCUCACAAUGCAAUCCUAUGCAUAUCUAUUCAGAAGUAAGUGUCACUGAGUUCAAUAGGACUUACUCCUAAUUAAGUGUGUAGAGGGUUACAGCCUUAAACAGCAGAAUGUAAAGUGUGCGUGAUGUGACUCUUUGUAGCUUCCAGUUUGAAUUCUUUUAAAAUUACAAUUCAACCCGGGGCCACUUCUAAUAGGAAUGUUUAUUUUUAUUUUCAGCUUGUAUACCGUGCCUUUCGAAGGCACAUUCAGUGUUAUUGUAAUCAAAAUAAAAAGAAGAAAAAUAUCAGGAAAACUGUAAAACUCUAAAAAGGACUAAAAAUUAAAAGAUAGUUGAAACAAAAAUGCCACUCUGCAAAUCUUGCUGGAUUAAAAGUUUGUUUGCUGCUCAUCUAAAAGUGAGUAGUGAUGGGGCCAGGGAGGCUGCUCAGAUGCAUGACUGAAAAGUAGCAACAAGAUCAGCCCAAAAAGUCAAAAGUACUAAUAUAUUAAUAAAGAGAUUGGGGGGGGGAGUGUUCUUCACUGCUUCAUGAAUACACAAAAAAUAGGGAAACCCACAUUUUCUGAAUGAGCUGAGGAUUUCCGAGUUGGUCCUUAAGUAACACCAUGACAUUCAACCAAAUUAACUCUGCUACUUAAAGUGACACUUUAACCAUGAAACUUUUUUAUAUAUACGAACUUUAUGAAGGAGAUACUCAUACCUUCCAGAAUUGUACUUAUUGAUCUAGGCCUUGGUCAGUUGUUACUCUCCAGAGAGCAACCUAGUAAGAGUCUUGCAUGUGUGCGCCCUCUCCAAAUAGAACGUAACCUGUGGUGGUCUGUACUGCAUUUACCUGAAUGCAAGAUUUUUAUGAAUCCAGGUUACAUGAUUUAAUUGAAUUGGGGCAGGGAGUGAGAGCACAAUGUUUUGCAUGCAGAAGGUCCCAGGUUCGGUCUCCAGGUAAGCCCCCCCUCCCCAGUCUGAAAUUCUGAAGAGCUGCUGCCACUCAUUGUAGACAGUACUGAGCUAGAUAUGCCAGUAGUCUGACUUUGUAGAAGGCAACUUCCUAUGUUCCUGUGUAUAAUGAAACUCGUACUGGGCUGAGUUAUUCCACAGCAGAUUAACAAAUUUUGCUUUUUGUCUGAGGAUCAACUUCGCUUUUAGAAUGAACAGAAAAAAUGUCCAAUAAAAUAGGCUAAAUUAAAAAUAAUUCCAGGGUUGUCAUUCAGCAUCUCUGAAAUGGUAGUGUGUGGACUUCGCUGUUUCUCUUCCCUGAACAAAGGAGUCCUGCGUUUCAUGCAGCGGAGAAUCUCUGUACAUGCACAGAGCACUACUCUGUGGACACGAGGUCCCUGUAUGCGUGGGGUCUUUCUGUCACAUGCAAGACCUGUGUCUGUUAAAUUCAUAAAGUGUCCCACAACUGCUGCUAGGGAUACCAGUUAAUGUUAACACUAACUAUACUCUUGUAUUCACCUUUUAACAAUACUAGCGCCAUUAUAGUGCAAGUCUUGGCACUGAGUCAAUUCUGUCCCUGUUUUCCAUACCUACCCAAGCUAGCCUGGAAUCGGAUUCAUUAUAAUCAAAGUAUGUUGCCUUAAAUGGUUUGUGGAUUGAGCUAUAAGGUUGCUAGCAUCAAUCUACUUUGGAAGAAACUCAGUAGACUUCUUUGCACCCUAAAUAGAAAGUCAAUAUCCUAUAUGUGUAAAUUCCUGAAUAUUUUGGUUUAUUCUAAACUGCUAGACAUAUCUGGAACAAAGCAGCCUGAGAUAUGAGAAAAUAUUACAAAUACGUUUAAAUUAUGCCUAACAUCUUGUUACAUAGUGAACUGGAAGGGGGAAUCAAGCUGUUAAGUGGGUUUGUGGUGUAAUAUAUUUUUAGCAUAUCUGACAUAGUAUUUAAGUAAAUGUUCUAAUUUCUACAGUACUUACUGCACUGAUUUUUUUUUUAAUGUUAAACUCCGUUAUUUCAAACACAACUGCAUUUAGUUGUGCUUGGAGCAGUGCUUGACUAUAGCAACCAAUGGCAUUAUUUAUGAAGGACAGAUAUAUAUAUAUAUAUAUAUAGCAACCAAUGGCAUUAUUUAUGAAGGACAUAUAUAUAUAUAUAUAUAUAUAUAUAUAUAUAUAUAUAUAUAUAUGAAGUACCUCAAGUUGAAUGUUAUUGUACCGUAUCUUUAAUGUAACAGUGCAGAAUUUUAGUAGACACAUGAAUGUGUGUAAUUACAUUCAAAAGACAAAUAAAAAUUGAACUGGUUCUUACACCAUUUCUUAGUGUGCUUC